AUGCAGGAUACUUGCCAAGAAUCUAAUUAUGUGAAUGGCAGAAUAUGUUUAGCUGCGGGUGUCAAGGAGUAUGCUAGUAGAUUUUUGAAGUAUAACAACUCUUCCAUCCCCUAUCAUUCAGCUGCACCGUCAACACCUGACAAUAUGUGCGACCCAGAGAUAUUGGAUAUAUCUAUGGUUGAUCAGCUUACAGAAGCAAGCCUCUUUUAUUCAGUUCCAUCUGGUGCAAUGGAGGUAUACCAUAAGUCCAUUGAGUCUCAUCUUACAUGUUGUGAGAAGUCCGGAAGUAGCAUGCAGGAGGAGGUUGAUACAUCGGCUUAUGAUGCUGCUGGAGAUACAGGAUAUAAUGUUACUGCUUUCGAUGAGGAUGAAGGAGAAACAAGUACCUAUUAUCUUCCGAAAGCUUUCGAAUCGAACAAAUCAUUUAAUACAAGCCACAAAAAAAGGAAGAAUCUGAUGAAGUCUCAUUCUGCCCGGUCAUAUGAUCUUGGAGAUGAUUUACCAUACGUCAACUACACAGAUGGGUCUAACUCAUCAAGCUUGAUGGCAAAAAGGCCUGCCAGUAAUAAUAAUAUUGGCUCAGUUCCGACGAGGCGAGUGCGCACUGCUUCCAGGCAGAGGAUUGCGAGUCCUUUUGGCUGUGCUACUGCUGGGAAUUUAUCAGUGCCCUCGAAGACAGAUGCGUCUAGUGGGGAUACUAGUUCUUUCCAGGAUGAGCAAAGUAGUUUACAUGGUGGAUCGGCAGUCCAAAAAGGCACAGAGGUUGAAUCAAGUGGUAAUUUUGAAAAGCAGUUCCCUUAUGACAUGGCUGAAACCUCAGGAAAACCUAAAAAGAAGAAGAAGACUUAUCAGGGAUCCGCAUAUGACCAAACCUGGCAUCUCGAUCCGUCAGUCCAUGUUGAACAGAAGGACCACUGGAAGAAGCGACCAGAGAAUCAUUUCGAUAUGAAUGGUAUGUAUGGUCCUCAUAGUGCAAAGAAGCAAAAGACCACCAAGCAAUUGAUAGAGAAUAAUUUUGAUAUUGCUAUUCCUCACACUGGAUCUAUUCCAUCUCCGGCGGCUUCCCAAAUGAGCAAUAUGUCCAACCCCAACAAAUCUAUCAAAUUUAUUGGAGGUCGUGAUAGGGGCAGAAAAAUAAAAGGCCUCAAGAUUUCUCCUGGCCAGCAUGGUUCUGGAAAUCCGUGGUCUCUAUUUGAAGAUCAGGCGCUUGUUGUCCUGGUGCAUGAUAUGGGCCCUAACUGGGAGCUCAUUAGUGAUGCCAUGAACAGCACUCUUAAAAUUAAGUGUAUAUAUCGCAAUCCAACUGAGUGCAAGGAGCGUCAUAAGAUUCUGAUGGAUAAGAAUGUUGGUGAUGGAGCUGAUAGUGCUGAAGAUUCAGGGAAUUCUCAGUCUUAUCCAUCUACUUUGCCUGGCAUCCCAAAGGGAAGUGCGAGACAGUUGUUUCAACGACUGCAAGGGCCAAUGGAGGAAGAUACCCUGAAGUCUCAUUUUGAGAAGAUUUGUUUGAUUGGGAAGAAGUUACAUUAUAAAAAGACACAGAAUGAUGGUCGGGAUCCCAAACAAAUAGUACCAGUUCACAAUUCACAAGUCAUGGCUCUUUCUCAAGUAUUCCCGAAUAAUCUGAAUGGAGGUGUUCUUACGCCCCUUGAUGUCUGUGAUGCAUCAACUUCAGGUCAAGAUGUAUUUUCACUUGAAAAUCCAGGUCUUCCAAUGUUGAAUCAGGGAACGCCAGUGCUCCCUACUUCUGGAGCACAUCCAUCCACUCCUGGAUCAUCUGGUGUGGUUCUCAGCAACAACUUGCCAACCACAUCUGGCCUCCAGAGUGCUUCUGUCAGGGAUGGUAGAUUCAACGUUCCUAGAGGGUCUUUGCCACUUGAUGAACAACACCGACUACAACAAUUUAACCAGAUGUUAUCCGGUAGAAACCUGCAGCAACCUUCCUUAUCAACUCCUGGAGCUGUCUCAGGAGCCGAUCGUGGACAUCGCAUGGUUCCUGGUGGAAAUGCUAUGGGUGCAAGUGGAAUGAACAGAAGCACACCCAUGUCAAGGCCUGGUUUUCAAGGGAUGGGCUCCUCAGCAAUGCCAAAUACUGGUAGUAUGCUUUCCUCUGGUAUGGUAGGAAUUCCAAACACUGGAAAUAUUCAUUCCGGAGGAGGAGCUUCUCCAGGAAACUCCAUGCUCAGGCCUCGUGAAGCUGUGCAGCAUAUGAUGCGGAUGCAGGCUGCUCAAGGGACCAGUCCGGGGAUCCCAGCUUUCGGUGCUUUGAGUUCUGGAUUUACCAACCAGACAACUCCUGUUCAGGCGUACCCAGGCCAUCUUUCCCAGCAGCAUCAGAUGUCACCGCAGUCACAUGUGCUUGGCAACUCGCAUCAUCCUCAUCUCCAAAGCCCAAGUCAAGCUACUGGGGCACAGCAGGAAGCAUUUGCUAUCCGUCAAAGGCAAAUACACCAGAGGUUUUUGCAGCAACAGCAACAGCAACAGUUUCCAACAUCUGGUACUAUGAUGCCACAUGUACAACAACCUCAGGGCUCUUCUGUUUCUUCUUCUCCACAAAACAGUCCUCAGACUCAACCACCCGUUUCGCCCCAGCCAUUAUCGAUACCCGCAGUGUCGACCUCUCCUAAUAUUAAUGCUUUGGCACAACAGAACCCUCAAAAAUCUCAGUUGCCGCUUCAUGGUCUAGGUAGGAGUCCUCAGUCUGGUGCUCCCGGAGUGAACAAUCAAGCUGGAAAACAACGGCAGCGACAACUUCAGCAACAGUCUGCGAGACAACAUCCACACCAGCGGCAGCCAACA